AUGCCUGGCCCUUCUGCACCGUCACCGUUGUCCUCGCCUCAGAGGGCCGCUGUGCUGCGCCCACACGACCAGUUCGCUGACGUGGGCCGCUGCCGCAGCACGGGACGCACGAUUCGCCUCUGCUACAACACCUUCGGUACGGCGAAGGACCCAUGCGUGCUACUCGUCAUGGGUCUCGCCUCCCCAGGGCUCUUCUGGGAUGAUCGUCUGUGCACGUCGCUUGCGCACUCCGGCCCGUACCACGUCAUCCGCUUUGACAACCGCGACGUCGGCUGCAGCACCCACCUUGAUGGGUGCGAGGGUGGCGAUGGUGCGUUGCCGGUGGGACCGGCCAGCUACCUGCGCUACGCCUACGCGGCGCUGCGCCCAGGAACGCGAUCGAUCCGGGAGGUCUACACCCUUAAUGAUAUGGCAGCCGAUGCCUUUGGCUUGCUGGACGUGCUGCGCAUCCGCUUCGUUCACCUUGUCGGCUCAUCGGCAGGCGGCAUGAUUGCGCAGUGCAUGGCUCUGGCACACCCGGAACGCGUUCUCUCGCUGACACUCAUGUCCACCCACUCGAGCUCUCCACACGCGCAGUGGCCGGGGAUACGUGACAUUAUGAGCCUCAUCUCGCUCAUGCCCAAGUCGACGUCGGCCAAGUACGCAAACCACAUCGCACGGGCCACGAGCGCAGAGGAGCGGCAGCGGUUGUGCGCAGAGAGGGAUGCGGAGCGGGUGGCUGCUUACGCGGCCAGCUUCACCAAACUGCUGGAAAAGAUGUCUGGUAACCAGCGCAAGUAUCCGUUUGAUCAUGUCGCAGCGCAACGGCAGAUGACGCGCAUCUUCAGGCGUAGCCUCUACGUGAACGGCGGCCCGCGGCAGUUUCUGGCGCUGCUGAACGCGCCAUGCCGCGACGACGCGCUGCGGCAGCGCAUCAUCAGUGUUGCACCGAUGUCGCAAAGCAAGGCGGGGGGCGACGACAGGGACAGCAGCCGGCAUGCGACCUCAGCGGCCACGACACCUUUUUACGUGCCCACCAUCAUCAUCCAGGGCGACUGCGAUCCACUCGUGCCUGCCUCCAACGCGCGUCACCUAGCUUCCGUGAUAGCGGGUAGUCGCCUGUACGUGGUGGAGGGCAUGGGCCACACCUUGAUUCCCGCCUUGAGAGACACAUACAUCCGAAUCAUUCGUGAUAACGUGCGCGCUGGCGAAGCUGCGGCGCAGUCGUUAGGGCGAAGGGCUCAAGAAACUGCUGCCGCUGCCGCUGAUGCCGGCUUGUCCGCCAAGAAGCAACCAGGGAAGGCCACCUCCCGGCUGUAA